AUGGACGAGAACACCCUCUUCGCUAUCCGCAACCUCUUCUACUCGGGCAACUACACCCAAGUCAUCUCAGAGACGACAUCAUCCCGCACUCGCGCAUCCGCAAACCAGCCAACAGCCCACCAACUGGACCUCUUCCUCUUCCGCUCGCUGAUCGCCACAAAGAACUAUACUCGUGUCGCUCAGGAGAUUACCGAGUCCCACGGAUUGGGACUCCAGGCCCUUAAGGCCCAGGCGGUUUAUCUGGAUGCUGUCCAGUCAGCUGACGCUGCCGGUCGGGAUGCUGCCUUGGCACAUUUGAGAGACUUGCUCCUUGUCCACUCGCCUGACGACCAUCAGCCCGAGAUCACUGCCUUGGAGGUCAAGGUUGUCGUUGGCCAGGUCUUGGCUACAGAGGGAUUGGUCGAGGAGGCUCUUACUGUCCUCUUGCCCCACAACAAUCACCUGGAGAGUGUGGCGGUCGUGGUCCAGAUCUACUUGCAAAUGAACCGUCUGGAUCUGGCAAGGAAGGAAGUUGAGGCAUGCAAAUCAUGGGCAGAGGACGCAAUGUUGGCCCAGUUGAUGGAGGCCUGGGUCGGUCUCCGCACGGGCGGUGGCGACAAGUACCAGAACGCCUACUAUAUCUACGAGGAAAUCGCCACCUCCUCCACAUCCCCCACCGUCAAGUCCUUGAUCGGAGAGGCAGUCUGCAAUAUCCAGAUGGGUCGUUUCCCAGAGGCGGAGGGGAUCCUUCAGGAGGCUCUUUCGAGGGAACCUUCUAACACUGACGCGAUUGUCAACCAGAUUGUUCUCUCGACCUUGUUGAGCAAACCUGCAGAAGAGAUCAGCGCCUUGGUCCAGCAAUUACAGAGCGUUGCACCAAACCACUCAUACUUGCAGGACUUGGACUUGAAGUCAAGUUUGUUUGACCGCGCUGCCCAGCGCUUUGCCGUCGCCUAA